CUGGCAAUGGACAGCCUCGCAGCGACGCUCCGCCCCCUAACGGCAGCAGUUGGUUAGGCUGUGAGAUUGCGAUCGAGCCGGAAAGGAGACGCUGCCCUUCCGAAGCCAUGGAGCGCGGAUGCACGCAAGGAGAUUCUCUGAUGCAGACCGCCUGUGGAAUCCUGAGGCACGCAUUGAAAGAAAGUUGUUCUUCCUGGUGAAUUUUCCGGAGCGAGUGCACUUUCCAUGAACGCCGGCCAAUGCUGAGAACCUCCUUCCAAAAUGGCGUUUCGCAGAACCGAGGGAAUGUCGAUUAUCCAAGCUCUGGCCAUGACUGUAGCGGAGAUCCCGGUGUUUCUCUACAGUACGUUUGGUCAGUCUGCCUUCUCUCAGCUGCGGCUCUCCCCGGGCCUACGGAAAGUGCUGUUUGCCACCGCGCUCGGAACGGUCGCUUUGGCCCUUGCGGCUCACCAGCUGAAGCGCCGCCGACGUCGGAAGAAACAGAUCGCCCCAGAGAAGUCGGGUGCAAAGGCCGGGAUGGUGCCGGUCCCCAUCUUGCCAACACGGAGGGUCCCCUCGGUGAAGAAAGGGCAUUCCAGCAGGCGAGUGCAGAGCCCCAGCAGCAAGAGCAACGACACGCUCAGCGGGAUUUCCUCCAUCGAGCCCAGCAAACAUUCCAGCUCCUCCCACAGCCUGGCUUCGAUUGUGGCUGCAAACUCCUCCAGUCCCACACCAGCUUCCGCAGGACUCUGGGAGGGCCGAGUGGUGGAAGAUCCUGGAGCCGCAGGGGAUUGCAGUGCAGAAAACCUCUACUUCCAAGGGAUGGAGCUGUUCGAAGAAGCCCUGCAGAAGUGGGAGCAGGCCCUCACGGUCAAGCAGAGAGAUCCAACCAGUCCUUCAGUCACUUGGGACAAUGUUAAAGAACCAGAAUUGCUGCCAGAGGAGCUGCCAGAGGAAUCCCAGAAGAGAGAGUUUGCAGAAAAGCUUGAGUCUCUUUUGCACCGGGCUUACCACCUCCAGGAAGAGUUCGGCUCGACGUUUCCUGCAGAUAGCAUGUUGCUAGACCUUGAAAGAACACUUAUGCUGCCACUGACAGAGGAAUCGCUGAGGCUUCGGGCGGAUGAUGAAGACAGCUUGAUCUCUGAGGACUCUUUCUUCUCUGCUGCUGAGCUCUUUGAUUCGCUGCAGAUGGGAGAAAUACCUUUCCCGCUCUCCAAGCCAGCCGCUGCCUAUGAAGAAGCCCUGCAGUUGGUGACAGAAGGAAGGGUUUCAUGCAGGACACUACGAACAGAGCUUUUAGGCUGCUACAAUGAUCACGACUUCCUGGCAAAGCUCCACUGUGUCAGGCAAGCUUUUCAGGAACUUCUUCAGACUGAGAACAACCAGACGUUUUUCGGGGAGAUUGGCAAACACAUGGUGAUGGGACUGAUGACCAAGGCUGAAAAGAACACCACGGGUUUCCUGGAGAGCUAUGAUGAAAUGCUGCGCUACACGCUGAGACAAGAAACUUGGCCGACUACACAUAAGGAGCUGGAAGGACGAGGGGUAGUCUGCAUGAAUUUCUUUGACAUUGUGCUGGACUUCAUCCUCAUGGAUGCCUUUGAGGACUUGGAGAAUCCACCAUCUUCUGUGAUUGCUGUCCUGCGCAACCGUUGGCUCUCGGACAGCUUCAAAGAAACGGCCCUCGCAACUGCCUGCUGGUCUGUUCUAAAAGCAAAGCGGCGGCUUCUGAUGGUUCAAGAUGGCUUCAUCUCUCAUUUCUACUCCGUAUCGGAGCAUGUGAGCCCUGUUCUCGCUUUUGGCUUUCUGGGGCCAAAGGAGCAUCUGUCGGAAGUCUGUGGUUUUUUCAAGCAUCAGAUCCUGCAAUAUUUGAAGGACAUGUUUGACCUGGACAUUGUGAGAUACACGACAGUACAGUUACUUGCAGAAGACAUCCUCCAGCUCUCCCGGCGCCGGAGUGAAAUACUUCUGGGUUACCUGGGGGUCGAGACUGCCCCAGAGAUGAACGGGAGCUUGCCCAGUGACAUUGUGCCCUUUGAGGAGUUCAAUUAAGCUUGGCCUAAGCAAGUGAAGCUUUCUCAGUCAAGAAUGGCCUACCUUGAAUGGGUGGCUUAAGCCGUGGCAGCAAGACUCCCUCCUUCCCAAGACGGACUUGAUUGCAUUCGUCAUUUGACCAGAUGUUUGUCAUUUUAAUCUGGAGGUUUGACAGGCAGUGUUCAAGGUCACUGUUGUUGGCUUGCACUUGUUCCAUGUUCACCUGUCUUUCCUCCUUUUUUAAAACUAGAUUUUAGUUGCAGCAUAAAUCGCGGAGCAGCUGGGGACGAGGCUUCCUGCCUUGCAAGGAGGUGGUGCAGUCAAGCACCUUCCCCUGAUUCCACAGAGAAUCUGCUUUCCCGUCAACAGGGAGGAGAGUUGGGGGAGAGGAUGGGACCCAUGCCUCUUUCCCAUCCCUAACUUCCCCCCCCCCUUUGUACAUUCCUUUUUAAAGUUACCCGUUUUGGCAUGUGGAGGUGUAUUUUCCUGCUAAUUUUUUAAAACUUAUUUUAAUGCACAUGAUGACAGCUGACUGCACAGGAAGAUGACUUUUUGCUCUUGCUGUGAAGAGGAGGGAAAGAUUCUGUAAAGCACUGAAACGAGAGAGCGUGUAAGUAAAUUGAGAGUCGGACAGUUAAGUGUGAUUUGAGAGAGGGAGGUGUCUGUCCUCUCAUAAUGAAGAUGAAAAUUAUGCUUUUAUCAUCAGACUUCUAGAGCACAAUUUGUGGCAAAUCAUUCUAAACUCAUCCCCCCCGCUGGUCAUGUUUUAUGGUUUCAUGGUGUUCAAUAAACCUUUCAUUUUU